GAAAGAAAACGACCAUCACUGCAACAUCCCAUCCUCAGCGCCCCUCAACUCUCUCUCUCCUUCUCCUCCGCCUUUGCGCAUCAGCAAUCUCCUUGCUCCUCCUCCCUCUUUGCCCGACAGAGAACGCAACUGCACGUAGCUAUCUGCCAUCAUGAUCCCGGCAAGGCUCAAGAAGAUCGACAUCAGCAAGUUGACUGAGGAGGAGCAGAAGCUCUUCCGUCUGUAUGGCAAACUUCCCACGCAUAAGAACGUCCUAACCAAGAUGCAGAAGGAUCGUAAGUAUUUUGAUUCGGGAGACUAUGCUCUCUCCAAAGCCGGUGUGGCCCCGCAAAACGCCGUUGGUACGACUAUCCCUAACCCAGAGAACAUCCCUCACGCUUCAUCGCCUCCCAAUCACCAAGGCCUCUCUGUCUCGCCCAACAACAACUCGACCAGUCCAGUCAGAGAGAGCGCGCUAGCGCAGACUGAAGCCGCAGAGGCCGAGGAGUAGUCGCGCGGCGCUCAUCUCUUCACUCACUGUGACCCGUGGGGCGGUCCUCCGGCUGGGUAUUUGCGCACCCUUUCUCCCACUGAGCUCGCAUCGCAUUGUUCUUUAUCACUUCUCCUAUCCACCUACCUAUCUCCCUACCUACCCAUCGAUUCAUGUACAUGGCCUCCUACCCACCACCACCCUCUGCGUACGUCCCCUGCACGCGCUUGUUGGUUCUCCAGGCUUCGAAUAUGAUGUGCAGAUUUUUGGUAUGUACGCACAUGGGCUCGGUACGAUCUUGCGCGCGGUGUUCGAGGCUGCUUUGUCAACGUACCUGCCGGUCGUCUUGUAACCUCCAUCUUGUUCCCCGUUGUGAUGCGCUUAUCUGUACUACCAUACCUAUAUUUUACUGUGCUCAGAGUCUGUACCUACAUACGCACGAUACGCAUAUAUGCAGCGACGAAACGCAUUCAUGACCGUCAUAGCUCAUGUACUCCACAGCCCCUGUGCGGGUCGAGCUUGCUAGCUCGUCAGACGGCAUCUCUCUGCAGAUUCUUUACAUACGACUAAUACUUGUUUUUUUGGGUGAAUCC